AUGGGACAAGACCGUUCCGUCCACAAGGCUGGGAGCCGCUCUGAGAGGCUUAAGAGCUCGCCGCCGCUCGUUUCCGAAGUGGACACACCACUGGAGGAUGCGGAGCGCGAAGUGCUGCUGCGGGCCGUUGUGGGAUUGGUGCCGCUACUCGGUGCUGGGCUCGAACUUGAUGAGGUGGCGAUGCGGGAUGAAGCAGCAGCAGGUGGGCUCUUGGAUGAUGAUACCUGUGCAGUGAUGAUGGUGCUGAUGACCGUAACGAACGUUGUCGACGACCAGUCAACUGUGCUAGUAAAUGUGGAAAAUACUUCUGAGAAAGAGGUUGAGUCGGACUCCCCCAAGCUAGAAGAACUCGACAUAGUGGAGGUUGACGACCCCGGAGACAUUGUCGAAGCCGAACCUGUAGGUUGGGAUGACGUCGAGGUGGUGCUCGUGGAACCCGACGGAGAAGUAGUAGUUGACGUUAAAGCCGAUUGCGACUGA